GUUUAUCGGUGCUUGUCCUCAGUGAUCAAAGCGGGCUAAUUGUUACGUGCAAUGGCCGCGUGCUAUAGCGAGCAGGCAUCGUCCAGCUCAGGAAAUAUAACAGAAAGGUCAUCUGAGAGUGUUGAAAAACUAGUCUGCUGGCAACAUAAACUGUUUGGUGAAGAACUGUUGCGGUGCAGUCAGGUUAAUCAGCAGGACACAAAAGCGUGCGGUGCAAGUGGUGCACUCGUUGAUGAAGAUGACCGACCAACUUGUGAAGUGAUCGGUGUGUACUUUAGUUUCAUUAACCCUAGUGCUACCUGCGAUGACUUUACGCGUCAGCUGGUCGAUUUGUACACGAAUGUCAACUCGUCGUCAUCAUCAUGCACGGAGAACGACCGGGAUGCAGAGAAUUCCAGCAGAGGAAGAGAAAGGAGGAAAAAGUUCGAGGUCGUACACGUGGUUCUUCAAAGUAACGAAGGCCAUGUCAUCUGCUGUGAAGAAAGUUUCCGUGCACACGUUGCCGACUUACCCUGGUUGACUGUGUCGAACUUAGACUACGGAAGAAAUAUCAAACUGAGUCGGAGGUAUCAGGUAAAGACCGACGUACCGACUUUGAUUCUAUUGGAUGGUUCUAACGGCACGGUGUUAACCAGAGGAGGAGUAGAUAGAAUCGUAAGCGAUCCCACUGGGGCUAAUUUUCCUUGGAGGCGGCCUCAUCCGAAGGCUGCUCUUGAGGAUGGGCCCUUAUUGCCAUGUGGAGCAAGUGAUAGUAACGAACCAAUGCUGCACGAAGAGUUGCGUCAUUGCUUUAAGGGUAUUUACUUCAGCGCACAUUGGUGCCCACCUUGUAAAGCAUUUACCCCACAACUUGUGGAUACCUAUAAGAGAAUUCGGGAAAAAGGUCACAAUUUUGAGGUGAUCUUUGUAAGUUCAGAUAGGAGUGAAGAGUCUUAUAAUAUUUAUAUUGAAGCGAUGCCAUGGUUGAGGAUACCUUUUAGACAAGAAGAGAGACGACGGAAAUUAACGAUAGCUCUCGAUGUACAAGUAAUACCCACUUUGGUACUACUUGAUCCUCGAGAUAAUAUUAUAACUGUGGAUGGACGUACAGAGUUAAUCGAGGAUCCUGAGGGACUGAAUUUUCCAUGGAACAGUCGUUUGGUGAAUAUUCUUACCGAAAAAUACGCUAGUUCGCUGCAUGAUGGACCGGCACUUAUUCUUUUUGUUGAAGGUGAAGAUAGUGAGAUUCAAUUCGCAGAAAGCGUAUUAUUGCCAGCUGCACAGGCGUACAGGCAAGAUAGACCUGACUAUGAUCCAAAUUACGAUGAUCCAUAUGAUAUUUUCCAAUUUUAUAUAGCAUUAGAUUGUGAAACAUCAGAUAUUCUUCGUGAAUUUAUCGGUUUAGACGAUGCUGUACCUCUUUUAACAGCAAUUGAUAUACCUCAAGGAAUUUAUGCCGUAAUGGAGGAUGGUGCUGAAAUAACUGUAGAUUCUGUACAACAAUUUAUCGACGGAUUUCGUAAUGACAUGUUGCCUAUAAACAGAAUAGGCGCAGUACAUAAAACUGCUAAAAAGGAUUACGUUUCUUCCUGAAUUUUUAAAAAUCAAUUGACAAUUUUAUACAAAAUAUUGGAAGCCAUGUGAAGGAAGGAGCUGUUAAAUUUUUAAGUGGUCAUUAUACAACCACAAAAAAAGAAACCCCCUCCCUUCUCAAUCCUAUCUCUAUAAUACCAUUGCUCCUUUCGUAGGAAGAACCUCCCGCAAAAUGACGCUCGUAUUCGCACACCCCUUUGUGGAAGUAACCAAAAGACAUGUAUUAUAUAUCAUAGUCAAUAAAAACUGAGCGAAUUGUAUAUUUAAGUGUACACA